AUGCGUGGACUUUGGCUUUAUCUCAAGAAGUCUCUUAGCUGCUGCAACAAACAGUCAGAGAAGUCAACUGACGCUGGUGAUCGAGACAAGGACAGAAUCAAGAAGACAAAGAAACCAUCUGGGAGCUCAAGAUCAAUGUCGAAUCUGAGAAAUGUUGCUGUCACCAAUGGAGAUGAAAGAACUAUGCAGAAUCCAAGCUGCUGCAGCUCAAGGACUCUUGAAAGUUCCAAGUUUAUAAACACAAUGAAACUUGGUUAUUCAGACAGAUUCAAAGGUUUCCUUAGCGGGGCAUCUUCUUCAGAUUUACUUUCCGGUCGUUGUUGUUCUGAGAGGUUUGAUGUUGUCAGCUCAGACAUCUGCGGUUUCGGAGUUAUCUCUUGUCGAAAAUGUCAUGAGAGAGUCAGAGAUCUUGAUGCGUUUGAGACGCAUUACCUUUCUAACCACUCUGUCAUUAGACUUUUACCAGGAGACUUCUCAAGAACAACUGUGGAGCUAAUAUGCAAUAAAGGCUAUUCUCACAAGCUUGGCAAAGCGAAAAGGAACAACAUUUCGGCGAUUUUGAAAAUCCAGAACUUGCAGAGAGUCGUUGCAGAGUUUGAAGAUUACAGAGAGCUCGUGAAAAUAAGAGCAAACAAGCUCUCGAAGAAACAUUCUCGCUGUAUGGCUGAUGGGAACGAGUUGCUUGCGUUCCACGGUACAACUCUUUCUUGCGGUUUGGGAAACAGAUCUUCAAACCUGUGUUUGUCGGAUCAAUGUGGAGUUUGUCAGAUUCUAAGAAAUGGUUUCGCUUGUAAAACAAGAUCAGAUGGGAUUAAAGGAGUUCACACAGCAUCAACUAGCUCUUCAGCUCUUGAAUGUAUCCAAAUGGAUCGAGGAAGAAACAGAGGUGCAUUGAAAGCGGUUGUGUUAUGUAGAGUUAUUGCAGGGAGGGUUCAUAAACCUAUGCAGAAGUUUGAAGAUCCUUUUGGGUUUUCCGAGUUUGAUUCAUUGGCCUUGAAAAUAGGACCAAAUUCUACAAUUGAUGAGCUUUUUCUGUUGAGUACCAAAGCUUUGUUACCUUGCUUUGUGAUAAUCUUCAAGCCUUGA